GCGAAGUGCGAAGCGCCGGCGCCAAAAAAAGUUAUUACGAUACGAUCUGAAAAAAGAAAAAAAUCACCUAGCGUGUCCAAGAGUUGUGAAAAUUGAUUAACCAGCUAAGCAAUAAAAAAAAAACGACGAGAUGCUUCAGUUGUGCACCAUCUACGCCUGCGCGAACGGGACCUUGGGCCUGAAUUUGAGUCGUGCCCCCUGGGAUCCGUAUCCCUGGGUCAGCGGGGUGCAGGCGAAGUCGAGUGCGGAAAGGGGCGGCGUCCGGCUGGGGGAUACCCUCCUGGAGCUGAACGGAGCCGAUGUCCUGGGCCUGAGGAUCAGUGAGCUGGCCAGUCGGUUGCAGGAUCACUGGCAGAGCGGCGCCGAGGUCGUGACCCUGAUGAUGUGGCGCCAACAGGGGGCCAUCGACCAGAAUGAGGAUCCUGCCGAGGCAUCUCAUGCUGUGCAACACGAAAUUAAUCAGCAAUCGCUGCAAAAGUUUGCAACAUGCCUGCAACAUAUUUCCCAAUUACUGGAGUGUCCUGUGUGCCUUGAGGUCAUCAAACCACCUGGCUGGCAGUGCUGCAAUGGACACGUGCUCUGCAAUAAUUGCCGCAGUCGCUCCGUAAAGUGUCCGGUGUGCCGGGUUCCUCUGGGGCCCAGGGGCCGCUGUCUGCUGUCGGACAAAUUAUUCACCCUGCUGGCGGAGAGCUUCCCCUGCGACGGCGGGAAAAGCAACCAGGUGACUGCGGCCCAGGGCCAUCAAAAACUGAGCAUCGUCAACAAGUGCACAAAUGAAUAUCAUAAUCAACCGAAAAUGGCGUUGGCCAAGCCGAGUUCCGGCAAGUCGAAGUGCGGCAAGCAAAUCUCCAGGCAUCUGGCAGUUUCGGUGGACCACAACCCAGUGCCAAAGGGAACUGAAGAUGGAGCCGAGGAAAAUGCUGUGGCCCAAACUACCAGCGAAAUCAGGAGGAAAAGCCAGGAGGCUGUCCUGCAACGUUGCACGCUGAUAAAAGUGCAGCACCAGGAGACUGCCGAGCACUUUUCGGGGGAAGGUCACAACAAUAUGCUCGUUAAACCAAAGUUAAAGUUGAGUAAGAAAAGUUGGCGGAUUACAGGGCGAGAUCAAGACGGAUUGCGCUGCGAUGAAGUUGCCUCCAUGAAUAAUGGUGGGCAGGUGGGCCAGCCGGAGGAGCAGGAGCUGGAGGAGCAGGAGUAUCAAAAUUAUCAUUGCCCCACUGGGAAAUCAUGCGGCCACAGUUACCAACUGGCCAACAAAUUGUCAACAGUCGCGAUGCAGGACACCGCAGUUGGGGAUUCACUAGGUGCAUCCUUAUCAGCGGGGAGCCAUAAACAGGCGCUUUCAUCCGGAGUAAAUCAGGGAGUGAUCCCCGCCGAACUGGAGGCGGGGUCAAUAGGUCGCCGGGAGUGGCAGCUGCUGCGCCAUUUGAGCGGCGACCAUCGCCUGGCAGUGCUGCAAAUCUACGGCACGUUCGGCGAGCGGUUGCACGUCCGCCCCCAGCUGCCCCAGGAGGGCGUGGCCUGCCUGCGGCUGAGCGAGGAGUCCUCCUCCUCCUCCUCCUCCUCCUCCGCUUUCGGCCACGUCAGAGUGCACACAUUUUUCUUGGCUGUCAUUUCAACCGGCGGCGUUGGCGGCGAUGAGCACGCCGUCUUCCUGUGGCACCUGGACCACCUGCAAUCACCGCAAGGACCCACUUUCGAGGCUGUCAUCGAGGCACAGGGCUUCCCGUUUCGGGGACCUGCCCACUCCCUCCGCCGCAGCUGGCCAGAGAUUAGGGCCUCCGGCCAGUUCCUCACCUGCCGCAACCUGUCCGCCAGCCUCGAGGUGACCAUUCAAGCCAGGUAGACCUCCCCAGCACCCAAGACUGGUCCCAAAGCAUAGGAAUAGUAAUAGUAUUAAAGCUAAUUAGGUCUAAGAAAUUUAAGCCAAGACUAUGAACUGAUUUUUCUGGCUCUACUAAAGUAGCUAAAGUAGCAUAGAGCAAACCAAAAGGCAAUGAGAAUAAAAAAUGUGAACUGUAUGCUUUGUAAAUUAUAUUUGCAUUUUUUCAACUCGCU